GUUUUACACAGAUAGAGAGAAGGAAAAAUAAAUCGCCUAGAGAUAAAUAAUAAUAAUAAUAAUGUUAAGAAUAAUUUUUAAAUGAAUUCUGAAUAGAUGUAAUCAAGGAGAAUAGAUUACGACGAUGCUGUGUGUUGUUAUUACAAAUAAUCCUUUGAUUGUAUUUUUCCACAUGGGACAAUACCUGUAUUAUUAUUAUUGUUGAAUGUUUCAAUGGAUAUACUGCAACAAACAGUAUUAUAAACAAAACACGCAGAAUAGAGAGAAAAAGAUUUCAUUUUCAAUUGGACUAUGUAUGAUUUAUUUGUAUAAAUUUUGAUAAUUUCAUGGAAUUAACUCGUAAUGUCGACAUUGUAUUAUCGUCCUGGAACAAGUGAGUUGAAAUUAGAGACAAUGGAUCAUGAAAAAGAUCAAAGUGUGCUGAAUAGCUUGAUGGAUGGUGUUCCAAAUUAUGCACAACCUGAUCCAAUGAAACAUAGAGACAAGUCGAUGGUUAAACAAGAUGGUGGAGAACAAAAAGGCGAGGCAGUGAAUAUUAAAAAGAUAUAUCCACCUGAGAAUGGUCAAUUACAGAAUAAUUCAGAUGGUGAAGUGAAUGGAACUUAUAACUUUUGGGAUUUAAGUGAUAGUGAAAUACGUUUAUUGGAUAGACGAUCACAAAUAGAUUCAUCAAGAAAAUAUUGGCCACCUUAUCUUAGCUCGGAUUAUCUGUAUCCAGGUGAAACAAAUUUUGAACCAACAAAUUGGGAUUGGUUACGUUUAAAUGCACUUGGUCCUGGUUGGGAAGAAGUAUUGAAAGAUGUACCAGUUACACGUAGAGAAGCAUUAAAUUUACUUGUCAUCAUGAAAAGGAAGUUACUUCGGGCUGCAGGUAAACUGACCUAUUACAAGGAACGUGUCACUGUUCUACAAGAUCAAUUGAUUCAUCAGAAGAAAAAUGAAGAAAAAUUGAUCCGACUUCAAGCUGAAUAUAAAACACAGUCUUUGGAUCUUGAGAAAGCUCAAGAACAAGCUUCAAGAGUUCCCUUACUGGAGAAAACAGUGAAACAACAAGAAGAUCUAAUUUGUCGAUUGGAAACAUUUUUAGAUCGUCAAAGAAAACAUGUAGUCAAUGCAAACUUGUCCAAUUAUGCUGUCCACCUGAAUCCAUUAGACAAUGAAGUCUUGGAGCCUAUAGGAAAUCAUAAACCGAUUGAAACUUCAAUUAUACAACCACAAAAUGAUGAAUUGUCUACAUCAGCAGUGUUAAGAAAUUUAUCCAGUGAAAAUGAUGCCUUACGUCGGACUGUAGCUGAAUUGAAUCGAACUGUACGUAACUUGGCUAGACAACAACAAGACAGUCAUGAUUAUCAACAAAGUAUUGAACAGAGGUAUCGUGAAGAGAUUGACGCGUUAAAAGAACAACAAAGUCGUUUAAUGGAGGAGGCAGUGCAUAAGAAUAGACGUUUGGAUCAUAUGGAAAACGAGAAUUUUCGGACAGCGAUUGCAGAUAAUGAACGUUUAGAGCUCUACAAAAUGUUGGAUAAUUCUGAGUUAAGAAUUAAAGCAUUAGAAGAAGAACUUCAACGUCAACGAAAUCCUAAAUCACAUUUACCUCGAGAACCUGCUUGGAAAUACUCAGGUCCAUCUAAAAUACCACUUGGAUCAAGUGAUAUAUACACGCGUAAUUCAAAUGCAUCACAAAAACCUCAGAUGAAAUAUAUCUCAGAGUGUGAUCCGUAUUAAACAGUAGUCAUAUAGUGUUUAAUUUAUGAAGAGGCAUUUUUAAUAAUUGAAGAAAGCGCAUCAAUCCCUUCCACAGUUGAAUAAAAGAAAUGGACCAAAUAAUUUAGUCAGUGUCAGCACGCAUAAGCAGUCUUCAAUAACCGAUUUGACUAUGCAUUUUCCUAGUCAUAAUAAAAGCUUAAAUCGUGUGUUGAAUAAACGUCAAAUUCACAUGAAUAAUCAUAUACACAGUAAUAAUAUUAAUGCUAAUAAUAAUAAUAAUAAUAAUAAUAAUGAUAACAAUGUGAAUCAUAUCAAUGAAAGUAAUGACAGCAAUGUAUUCGAUUAUUGUGCGAAUAGAGAUGAAGAAGACUUUUAAUACUCGGACUAUUAUUUUGUAUGUACUCGGUCGGUUGCUUUCUCUUACUAUGGAUCUUACUUCGUCUUGGUUCUUUAUUUACUCUUACAGAUAUUAAUGACAGUAACUCGCAGUUUGAUUUGUCAGUCAUUUGGCAGUUUGAAAAAUAUGCUGAGGCCAUUUUUAAUAAGAGAUUUAUUUUGUUGAAUAACAUUUUUCGUCAAGUUCUUAAACUCCCAACUCUUAAACCCUAACCUUAAAGAUUGUGUUGUAAAGUGCCUUUAAUAAUCUGUUAAAUUUCAUAUUGUUAUUCAGCA